AUGCGUUACUCUCUUAUUUUCUCCGCCCUAGCAGCCACCACUGUCUCCGGACACGGGCUCAUUCGCUCCGUCGAAGGCACAAAUGGCGUAUCCAUGCCGGGCCUGACCGUCGCUGACGGCACUCCCCGCGACUGUGUCGUCAACGCCUGCGGCGCACAAGCUGACACCGGCAUCAUCCGUGACAACGAAAUCGCCACUGGUAAAGUCGGUCCCCUUGGCAUGACCCAAGGAAACGGCAAGGUCGAUGCCGCCGCCGUCAUCGCCAACUUCAUGGGUAAAGGGUCUGCUCCGUCCAAGAACAAGGGCGCCGCCAGCUCCGUCGGCGUGGAAGAUGACCUCAAGGGUCUUGAGACUGCCAAGCAGCGCCGCGAGGAGCACAAGCGCCAGAUGAAUGACCUCUUCAAAGGUAUUGCGAACUUGCCUAUCGUUGGAGGCUUGGGCCUGGGUGGCACGAGAAAGACAUUCCCUGUUGAGACUAUGAAUGAGGAUAUGCGUGGGCAGGGUGCAGAGAAGGGUCUACCUACGUCUGAUGAUAAGGGGGUUGUCAACUUGGUGUACCGACAGAUCAAUCAGGAUGGUGCUGGUCCCUUGACUGCUGCUAUUGAUGGUACAUCUGGUGGUACUGACCCCAACGCCUUCAAGACUGCCAAGGUCAUCCUCGAUGCCCCUGGAUCUGGUAUCUCUGGUCUGUCGAUCGCUACUAAUACCGACUUUCCUAUUCAAGUUCAGAUGCCGGAGGGCAUGACCUGCCAGGGUGAGGUUGCUGGUGUCAAGAACGUAUGCAUCGUGCGCGUCCGCAACCAGGCUCUUGCUGGACCUUUUGGUGGUAGCGGAGCCUUUGUUCAGAGCAAAGCGAGUCGCAAGCGUGCUGUUGCUUAUCGUCUUCGAAAGCGCAUGGAGAUUGGUGGCCAUAAGAGCGAGUAA